AUGCCAAACUACGAUGACAAACAUGAACUUGUCUGCUACUUUUUAACACACUUUCUCGGCCCCGUUGUGUUUGUCGUCAUCCUCUUCUCCUACUUCCUCUGGAUCCUGAUCACGACGGUCCAAGACAACACCGACCAGACCAUCCUGCCGCGCCACACGAUCCUCGGGUUCAGUAUAGUCCUCCUCGUCUUUGCCCCGGUGCUGCUGGCCGCGCACUGGGUCUUCUUCCACUAUUAUUGGCGGCGGCACCCUCACGGGGGCGGCGUCUUGCCUCCCAGGGAGUUUGAGCUGGAGCACCUCGCCGGCAUACUGCGGCCGCCGCUCGAUGCCAUCCAAGCCGCCCUCCCGUCGCAGCAGCCCGGUCCCUGCGCCGAGGAAGCAGCCAGGGAUCCCGACCGGCUGAGGAUCAACAGCCUGGACACUGCCAGACCGAGUCUAGCGCCCCGGAGUCUCUACGACUCCUCGCUUCAAGACGACGAGACGACGACGCCCAGGGCCGCCUUUCGUGUCCUGGAAAGCGACAUGCUCGAGCCGCAAAGCGCCAGCCUCUGCCUGGAUUCCAGCACAACAGUGACAUCGCCCCUUUUUCUAGACGGGCCCGUGUCCUUCUGGGAAGACCGCCCAUCGGACGACAUUGCGGAGAGCAAUCAUGCGCGACGCUCACGACACGACAGGGACGGCCCGCGCGUGCAUUUCGAUGCCUCCGCCACCAAGAACGCCCAUUCGCCCAGUGCGGGCGGCGACCACGCCCGCCGCUGGAGGGCCCCUGCCGCCGCGAGGUGCCUCACUGACCAGCCCGCCAGGGCGCGCAGGAGUUUGUCUUGCUUGAGAACUGCCGCUGAUAUCGCCGCCAAUGGAGGAUGCACUGCGGGCUCCCGGAGUGGCCCUGGCGGCUCCGACGCUGAUUAUACUCCUUACAAGCCGUCGCGCGGGUCGCACUUUGAGGGUGAAAGGGACGCUUGGGUGGUGGACGGGCCGCUCGGGGAUAAUCACUGA